ACAACCAACACACACACUCACACACACACACACAGCACUGUGCGCACCGCGUGCGUCAUUACGCAUUGGUGAAAGCGAAAGCAGGCUAUUUAAAAUAGACUGUACUCUUCGUGCAUAAAUGCAGACAGACCCAACACCAUUCAGCAUCAACAAAGCCAGGGCUGGCAUCUUUAAGUAAAUGGAAAGCAUGUCUACCUUUAGAAGAGUUGCAAGCGGCGAGUGCUGGUGCUGAACCUCAAGAGAACGCUGUUCUUCCAUUCGGUUGUGCAUUUUCUUGUUAAGUCUCUCAAACACAAGUUGAACCAGCUGGGCCUUUCUUUUGUGGAGCAUUGCACGUCUAUGGUCCGAAGAAACCUUCCUUAGGGUGGAGGAAGAACUCUCGCACAUCGCUGUGGAGGCGCCAAAUGUUACGGCAUGUUUGAAAGCAGUCAUUAUUACGCUUUGCCUUAAGGUGCGUGUGGUAAUUGGAGAGGAUGUGCUGUAUAGUCCAAUCCCCCUCGAUUGGCUGUGACUGUUUUGCAUGCUGAAAAACUGUUUCGCAACUUCGUACUCUGCCUCGAUUACAGGCCAUCCCGACAGGUCCAUAAUGCGCCUCGAUUACAGGCCAUCCCGACAGGUCCAUAAUGCGCCUCGAUUACAGGCCAUCCCGACAGGUCCAUAAUGCGCCUCGAUUACAGGCGAUCCCGACAGGUCCAUAAUGCGCCUCGAUUACAGGCCAUCCCGACAGGUCCAUAAUGCGCCUCGAUUACAGGCGAUCCCGACAGGUCCAUAAUGCGCCUCGAUUACAGGCGAUCCCGACAGGUCCAUAAUGCGCCUCGAUUACAGGCCAUCCCGACAGGUCCAUAAUGCGCCUCGAUUACAGGCGAUCCCGACAGGUCCAUAAUGCGCCUCGAUUACAGGCCAUCCCGACAGGUCCGUAAUGCGCCUCGAUUACAGGCGAUCCCGACAGGUCCAUAAUGCGCCUCGAUUACAGGCGAUCCCGACAGGUCCAUAAUGCGCUUCACAGCCUUUGCAUCAAGGACUGUGUCGCUUUCUGGAUUCAGCGCAGCAAGUGGUUUGGCCAGCUGCAAAUUGCGCUCGCUGAAUCUCUGAUCCAUUUCUCCAAGCACUGAAUCAAUCGUGCUGUAGUACAGCUUCUGAAGUUCUGUUUUGUAAUCAUCCCUGUGUCCUGUAGUUCUCUCGACUACAUACCCAUCCAUCGUCUGGUUGGCUCUGCGUCUCCGUUUGGGCACUUCGGAUCUCGGAGUAGCGCUGGCAGCCAUGGCCAUGUCCCAUACUUUGUUAAACUCCUCACCACAACGGAGAUUGCGUACACAAGCUGUUGCACAAGCCACGAGACUUAAACCUGUCAUCAAGUCAGUAUUUUCUCUCUGUAAAAUCUUGGUUGGUGGUUCCAGCAGGGACUGUGUGCACUAGCUGAGCAAUGAAUGGGAAACUGGGCUCAGUCAUCUCGCGCAGCAGACCUGUGGCUUCCAUUCGUAUCUCUGCACUGAAUGAGUGUUAGUCAAAAGGGAUGUUGUGUCGUUGAAGGAUUUUAUAAUUGCAGACACAGUGGCAAGAUGUCCUGUCCAUCUCUGUUCCAGAAGGCGCUUAAGGUGCACACCCUUAUAAUGCACAGCAACUGUGGGCUUCUUGCAGAACUUGUAGAGGGCAUUGCACACAUGAAAGAAAUCCACGAAAGCUGUCUCUGCUGAAAUAGCAUGUACUACAACUAAGUGUAGCUGGUGGUUCAAACAGUGAGGAUCCUCACGACCUCGUUUGUUUUGCAGGAGCUUCUGGACGCCACCAUGUUCCCCAGACAUCAGAGCAGCCCCAUCACAUACCUGGCUUAGUAUCUUUGUUGUGUCCAGUCCAACGUUGUUGAGCUCUGCCACGACUGUGUCCGUUAUGUCUGUGCAUCACCUUUGUCAGCUGCCGGUAUGACCAGCAGGCGCUCUGUGACGUCAUAUGUCUCAUUUACAAAUCGAAUGACAAUCGAAAUGUUUUCACACCCCGUGGGGUCACGGGUUCCAUCUACUUUCAGCGUGUAAAAGGAGUCUCCUAUUUCCUCCACUAUAGCCUCAGUCACCACAUUGCUGAGUGCUGAGUGAGUUCAUUUUGCAUUUCGUGACAAGUGGAAGUGGCGUUUCGAGGGAUUGAUUUCACUACAUCAGCCAAUUCUGGGUCUUUUUUGAUCGUAUAGUCCAGCAGGGAGAGGAAAAGGCCACUGCCCCCCUCUGACAUGUUAUCAAAAGCCUCUAUCUUCCCUCGUAAAGGCAGCUGAAGGCAGAAAUCUAACCACAUCAAUAAGAGAGGAGAUAUAAUACCUGUUUGUUCGUAGUUGGUCUGCGUUAACAAGUGUAGACAUCUCCUUUCCAGUGCUGGCACGCCUCUCUCGCUCCUUCCACAUUGCAUAGCAAGAGAGAUGCUCCUUUGAAUUUGCAUGUUUAUGAAAUCCCUUGUCUCUCUCCACCGCAUUUUUCUAGUUACGGAAGCCAACAGACAUAAAUACAUCCAUCCUCCGGGUUUUGCUAGACUGCCGACAGCAGAAACAAAAUGCAGCAUCGGCCUUGACACUGUUUUCAAGCCAGUCUCGGUUGUGAUACCAAGCAGAGACAAACAAACGCCUCCUGCCAGUGAAGAUGCUGUAAGGUGGAUGGGCUUGGCUAGCAGGUGUAUAUUGGCUGGUCGAAGAGCACGGCUCCAGCUCUUCAGAGGUGAUGCCGGCGAUGCUGGAGCUGGGUUCAUUCCCUUCGUUUUCCGUCGGUGAAGGAGUUGGAGGAGGCCGUGUAGCAGCUGCACCUUGCAGCCAUUUACGUAUAUCCAUUACUUUAUGUCCCACAGUCCGAGCUUAGCUUCGUCUCACUGACUUGCUAAUAGUGCGCACAUUUUUGAAGUAAUAACAACAAAUCAAAGGCCGGGGUCAUUGGUCAAGAAACACACCAAUCACCAGUGAGCACACCUCAGGCUGUGUUUUUUAUUUAUAUUCUUUAUUUCUGAUUUAUUUCACACAAGAAAAGUUUCGUGGAAACGUUUUCACUUAUAAUAUGAUAAAUAAAUAAAAAACGGCAAAGUGGCAAGGCUUGCCUGGCCUGCGUGAGGGGGGGCACAGUGACUCAUUUGGGGGGGCAUGGCCCGUGAAUGCCCACACUGUAAACCCGAACGUUCAAAAUAAUUAAAUAGAUUAAUUAGUGUAAACUUAAAUUUAAAAAAAAGUUCUACUAACUUCAAUAUAUUCAGUUCCUGUGACUGUUCUUCGUUUUUGAGUUAAGUAAACUGAUAAUCUUUGAUUAACUUGAACUAUUUGGCGGAUUAAGUAAGCAUCACUUAAACAUAUACAUUGAACUGUACUCAUUUCUAAUGCUUAUUGUGUGUCUGACGUCACUAACCGUCACUAACUGUCGAAAGUGGGAUGCAGCACAUGCAGUAAGGUGGAUCUUCACACUUAAUGUCCACACUUUCCGGUGGUAAUCAGCAUCACUGUAAGUACAAUAUUCAUAUUUCUUCACUUUUUUAAAUAUUUUGAGAUUAAACAUGUGAAAGAGAGUGUUGAUGUUUGCCAGAUACAUGCAUGUUAGCUAGCAUUAGCCAUAGGUUGAGUCAGCAGAUUCACAGAAAUGCCUGAAUUAUUUGCACAGUUACUGUAUAAUGUUAACUUGUAAGAUAUGUAGUUGUGGAAACUUGGUGCCAAAAUAGGGCUGUCACUUUUUGUAUAUAUGAUGAAAAAUGUCAUUGCCCCUAAGCUAAUUAUGUACUCAAAAAGUUCAGCCAAAUGCAUUGUGGUUGUGGGUGCUCGUAGUGACGGCAGCCGUUGAAACACGAACAUAACAGGUAGGUUUCCUAAUAAAAGCCUUCAAUGUUAGUUUAAUGAAUUUAUACUCAAAUAUAUAUAUAUAUAUAUAUAUAUAUAUAUAUAUAUAUAUAUAUCCAACCAUUUACUUAAUUUACUACGAGCAACCCCGAAAGCAUUGGACUGAAAGUCACUAUUUAACACGGUCACUAGCUAGCUAGUUUGCUAACAGUUAGCAAGCUAACAUUUUCAUCCACUGUAAACCACGAGGUGCGGAGGAUUGUGUGUGCUCCCUCCGUGCUCUCCUCGCUGCCGCUGAAUUAAUAAACCCGCUGCUAAAGUUUAACACUCCCCUUCACCCAGGUUUCAACCUCUUUAUACGGUUUCAACGAGCGUGAGCGUGAGGCCACACACACGGGACGGAGCAGAGCAGAGAUAGGAUUUGUUCAACCUUCCCCAAGGAGAGGAUCCCUCAAGUCUUGAGCACUUCAGGCAGACAAUUGUUGAGGAAGUCAAGAAGACUGAGAUGGACCUACCCCUCAUUAAAAAGAUGAUGCACACCACAUUUGCACUGCGGCGACAGACCAUAGUGAGGACAUGCCCGGCAGUGAACGAGCUCAUGGACCUCUGGCCUGCUCUCAAAAUGGAGUCUGAGGUGUAUGCAGAGUUCCAACGGAUUACAAACCAGAAUCUGCCCAACACGUUCUACGCUGCUUUUGACCGCCAUCUUCCUCGACUGAUGGCCAUAUUUAGACAGAAGGCGUCCAAAUCUGGGAAGACAGCUGAGGCUUUGGCUGAAAUUUUAAAAAUCCACGAUGAACAGGAAUUACACGACAUCAACACCAGGCGUACCACCGUUAUCCAUGCCCCUCCUGUGUAUCUGCAAGAGGACACCUCUGGAUUUUUCCGAACCUGCACAGAAGAGUCCGAACCAGAGCUUGGAGGUGUUGCAGUGGCCCUCCUUACUGUCACCAGUGACAAUGGCACAAGUCAAGUGCAAUAUCAGCCUGUGACCAUCUUUGUUGUCAUCAAAAAUGAUAUUGUGGUCAGCCUCCCCAGACUUGCAGAUGCAUUCCUGGUAAUAUUUGGACUAAUUUAUGCACUACACCUCAGCUAUUCCAAAGGACUGACAAACACUUUCGAGUUCACUCAGAAGGUUUUACUUGGUCUGGAAGAUGGUAAAUUGUCGCCCAAGUUGCAGACCUUCAAGAAUGACUUGCUGAUGCAUGUGUAGAAAUGCAUCUGAAAAACAGGUGGGGCAUUUUAAGGCAUUUUGCCUCUACUUCAAAGUGAUUUCCUCCUGAAAUAAAAAUGUCUUAAGAAAGUUGCUGUACCAGUUGCUGCAGGUUUUCAGCCAGGUGGUCAAGCUGCUCAAUGUUCCCUUUUACUUGUACAUGUUGUAUUAAUGUCAAAUGUGUACUGUUUACCAUUGUUCACAUCAAAGUAUCUUUGAUUUUGAGGGAUGACUGUUUGUACUUUAAUAAUACCAAAUAUUUCUGAUUAACCGGCAUUAAUCAUGUUUGUUUGUUGUUGUUGUUGUUGUUGUUGCACUUUAACUCAUCCAGAUGAAGAUUUGAUACUUGUUCAUGUAAUUCAUUUACAUUUUAGAGUUUUACAGUUAAAGGGUUCAGACUGUCAUUGUGAUUUUAUCAAAGUUGUUGCUCUAUUCAGGUUUUAACCAAAAUGUGCCAAAAGUACAAUUGCCUUUGCAUUUUUUUAUUUUUUUUUAUGACUACUUAUUUUACUGUCUUGUAAAUGUUAACAGGACAGCAUGUUAAAUAGGAGGGCUAGAAAAUAAGAAAUUUAGUAAAGCUGUUCAAGUUAGUCGCACUCGAUUCAAUUGAGGCAAUCAGUUGUGUCAAUGUUUUUAAGUUUUAAGUUAUGUGAUUUUGAGUUGACUAAGUCAAUGUGUUUGGUUUGGUUGAAAUAAUAAAUAUUGAGUUCUGUUAACCCAAAAAAAAAA